AUGGCAAGAAACAAUUUUUUUAACUUGUUCUUCAAUCCAUUCACAAAAGAAGUGAAACAACUUGCAUAUGGACCUGAAGAAUGCAGGAAUAUACCAUGUGUAGGCUUUUCACAUCCUCUAACGUCUCCAGAAUGUGUAGUCAUUGAACUUCAUCAUACCUCUGAUGACAUGACGGUAUACAUGACUCGCCUUGGGAAGAAAGAAUGGGAAGAAUUCUCUUUUGAAGACUGUUACUUUUGUUUCGUCAAUGUCAGCCCUUGUUUCCAUAAUGGUGCAUUCUAUUAUCUUAACAACAAAGGAGAGUUGGGAAUUUUUAAAGUAGUAGGAGAAGAAGACAUCCUUUGGGAAGAGAUUGUGAAACCUCUUCCUCCAUUUGAAAUUUCUCUAUACAAGAUAGACCCUGGUGGCUACUAUAAGUGCUUCCUAGUAGAGUGCAAUGGUAGUCUCUUGUUGGUAUUUGAAUGUGCUUUUGGAAAUUGGGUUCAAGUUUUCAAACUAGAUGAGUCUAAAAUGACAUGGUUGCAAGUUGAAAGUCUUGAGAAUUGGAGGGUCCCUCGCCCAGGAGUCCAGCCUUAG